AUGAAAGCCCCGCAACGGGCAGGGGGGCGAACGGACCAGAUGCUGGGGGCCAUGGGGGAUAUCCUGACCUCGCUGGCCCUACCCAGCCAACACUGGCUUCCAGACCUGUGUUCACAGGAGCAAGCAGCCGAGAUGCAACCUCAGGCCAGCAGUGCUGGGGAGAUUUCUGCAGACAGCAGGGGACAACAUCAAGAGCCACCACCUCCGCAUGAAGCUGUGGGAUCCAGAGAUGCUGAAGUUCAAACUACGGCCACCUUGGAAGAAGAUCCAUACACCAUUGCAGGCAGCGAUGGCAGCAUCUCUGCCUCGGUGGCCUCGAUCCAGCCCCAAGCAUCCAGCAGUUCCGCUCCCAGUUCGCCUGGCUCCCGCCAUUCCGUCAGCACCCUCAAGAAAUGGCUGACCAACCCCGUGCGUAAGCUAAGUGCCGGGGGGCUCCCUCGGGGCGACCGCCCGCUCAGGAAGGCAGAGGGCCGGAUGAGGCGGCACGGGCGUCAGGAGAAUUGCAAGAGCAUUGACUUGGGCUUGCUGGGCCAAGUGGAGGGACCCUUUGCCGUUCCACGGGAGUCAGUUGCUACGGAUGGUAACUCUCACCUCCCGGACCUUUCUCUGCUCUCCAGCUUGCUCGAAGGGGAUGGCUCAGGGAAACACACCCAGGGCCCUGACCCUUCUCCGCUCCCCAGCGACCACCAAAGCCCUGAGCCCCCCUCAGAAACCCCUCUGCAGCCCCUCGCCUCUGAGGAACAGGAAGAGGAGGAGAGGCGCAGUGCCUUAGAAAAGAGUAUGUUUGUUCUCAGGGAGUUGAUUGAGACAGAGAAGAUGUACGUGGAGGACCUGGGACAGAUUGUGGAGGGCUACAUGGCGACUAUGAAUGCUCGUGGCAUCCCGGAAGAUAUGAAGGGCAAAAACAAGAUAGUCUUCGGGAAUAUCCACCAGAUUUACGACUGGCACAAAGAUUACUUCCUCAAGCAGCUGGAGAAGUGUUUGGAGGACCCUGAUCUCCUGGCCGAGCUAUUCAUAAAGCACGAGCGCCGUUUGCACAUGUAUGUUGUUUACUGUCAGAACAAACCCAAAUCUGAGCAUAUUGUCUCCGAGUUCAUCGAUACUUACUUUGAGGAACUGAAGCAGGAACUGGGGCACCGUUUGCAACUCAAUGACUUGCUCAUCAAGCCUGUACAGCGGAUCAUGAAGUACCAGCUGCUUCUCAAGGAUUUCCUGAAGUACUAUGGCAAAGCUGGGAAGGACACAGGACAGCUGGAGAAAGCUGUGGCAGUGAUGUGCUUCGUUCCCAAACGUUGCAAUGACAUGAUGAAUGUGGGUCGUCUCCAGGGCUUUGAGGGGAAACUGACGGCACAGGGAAAGCUGCUGCAGCAAGACACCUUCUGGGUGACGGAGCAGGCAGGUGGCAUCCUGGCACGGGGCCGAGAGCGCCGCAUCUUUCUCUUUGAACAGAUUGUUAUCCUAAGCGAGACACUGGAGCGGCGGCGUGGUCCGUAUGCCCCCCCAGCCUACACCUUCAAGAGCAGCAUCAAGGUAAGCUGUUUGGGUUUGGAGCCUUGUGUGGACAAUGAUCCCUGCAAAUUUGCACUGAUCUCUCGUGGUGCAGAACGGGGCACCAUCCGUUAUGUACUGCAGGCAGCAACGCCAGAGAUUGCCCAGGCCUGGGUGGCCGACAUCAACCUCAUUUUGGAGACGCAACGUGACUUCCUCAAUGCACUGCAAUCACCCAUAGAGUAUCAGCGUCGGGAGAGCAAGACCCACAGCCUUGGAAGGACAGGAAGCCCUCUUCCAUCCCUGCCUGGCGGAUCUGUCCGGCCCCACUCUUCAGCCUCAGUGGACCAGAAUAAGGGAUCCAGUCUUCAAACCCACAAUGCCUCCCUACCUUCCCUUUACCUUCCGGAUCCACCCCAAGCUGAGCACUCCCCCUAUGUCCAGCCAGUGCACAGCCAAAGCUCUCCAGGAACUGGCCUGGUGCACACACCUUCGGAUGGCUCUGAAUCACAGCCCCCCCAUGACCCCCCACAGGAGUCUCUGCACAUGGCCCCAACUGAGGACGACGCUAGACUUCUGCUUCCCGACCCUGAUUUCCUGGAUGUACGUUUCCCUCAAGGCAAUGCACGGCUUGCCAAACUUGAUGAGGACGAGCUGUGACUUUCAGACUUUGGGACAACCCCUGUCAGGUCCAGGGAUUUAACAAUUAUGAAAACUGAACUGGCUCUACCUUCCUCCGUCUUCUUUCCUCUCUCUGGCAUUUCUGGGGGCUAGAAAGAGACACAGCAGCAGUAGCCCCAGUAUGGGAUCUCUUGCUGCCCUCUAGCCCUGCUCAGUUGGCCUAGGCAUUCUCUCCCUAUAUGAAGUGCAGGACCCUCACAGUGGGACUAGAGAAUGCAGCAGGGGACCCUUCUCUGGGCCCCAGACCCCUGUAUAUGCAUGCUGUGGGGUUCUAGGGGCUUCGGGUCCGGGCUCUUGGAAGAUGAGGUUGGAUCAUGUGAAAUGAGAAUUUUUAUUUUGUUGGUUGUAAUAAUAAAGAUUUUAGUUAAAACAAACAAACGAGACUGUCACUGCAGGGACCUGCAUUAUCCAGGGAUGCUGAUACAACUUGGGAGUUCCACAGGAGUUUCUGUUUUUAUUUCUGGAUCUGUCAUGCAGAUGCUUCAAUGAGUCAGUUGGGUGCU